GGGUGAGAUAGUCGAAUGCGCAUGCGCAAAUCCUUGAGCGUCCGUGGAGCCGCCUGGAGAGAAAGACAAGUACGAGAUUUCUCCAUAGAAAAUAACCGAAAAUAACAGAAGCUUUGCGUUGCUAUUGGAUCGUUGCGCUGCUCCCCUUUCCAGCCCGCUGAAUCCGAUUGGAGGGCUGGGAGUUGGGAUCCCGCCCCUGCAGCUCCUCUUAGGCCACGCCUCCCUGCAGCUGGCCCAGCUCGUUACCGCUGCAACCACCACUUCUGCCGCCACCCCCCCCCCCACCACCCUACACUCACCUCUUCUCGCCCCCAUCAACCUCCUCACAGCAGCAACUACCGUCAAUAACAUGUCCCGUCCCCUAUAUAACCCCUUAGGGGAUCAGUACUCUUCACAGGCCCAGAGAUCUGCCGCCCAGAUGGGGCAGUACGGACUCACACAAUCCCAGGCCGGAAGGGACCCUCUGGGGGCCUCCCGCCUUGGUCUGGGGUCUGGUGGUGGUGGUGGUGGUUCCUCCGGCCAGGGAGGCAUGAUGUCCUCGAUGGUGGCCCAGCAGAUGGGGUAUGACCCGGGGCAGAGAUCGACCGGGAUGACCCCGGAGAUGGAGACCUCCAUAGACCACCACAUCCGCGGGGCCAGAGAGGAGGUGAGGCUGCUCAGCCAGUUGAUGCAGCAGAAUAAGAACCAGCAGGUCUCACUGGACGCCCAAGACCUUCGCCUAAGUCGUGACCCCAUGGACGAGCUCUCGUCUGGCGGAGGGCUGGGCGGUUACACCCCUGGCCGGACCUCCAGCGACCAGCAAAGUUCCAUGGACCCCUGGUCUGGCUUCCUGACCCAGUCUGCUUCCUCCAAACUCUUCUCCUCCACCCUUCCUCAGUACCAAAGCCAAACCUCUGGGUUUGGAGGUGCGGGAGUGCUGGGGUCCACCUCCAGAGGUUCCGAGGCCCCCGUGAGCGCCUCGUCCGCAGCCUCUCGUCCAGCCCGGUACACGUCUGAGUCCGCCAGCAGCAUCCUGGCGAGUUUCGGGUUGUCCAACGAAGACCUGGAGCUCCUCAGCCACUACCCAGACGAUCAACUGACCCCAGACAACCUGCCCUUCAUCCUCAGAGACAUCCGCAUCCGUAAGGCCAAUAGAACUAUGGAUGUGGACCCUCGGCCCAAGGCAGGCGGUGGACCUGGCCCAGGGUCCGACCACGGUGGUGGAGGACAGAGCAAAGUGAUCGAUUACGAACAUUCUCGUGCUACUAAAUACGACAGUUAUGAUGAUGGCGAUAAUAGCCAUCCCGAUAAUUACAGCUCGCGCAAUCCGCUCCCGAAAGAGAAGCCAAAAUAUGACAUGGUCAGAGACUCGCUGAGCGGGUACGCUGGCCAUUCCAUGACCUCCGACCUUUCCAAGCAGCGUACCCAACAGCAGCACAUCCACAGCCCUGCGGUCCAGAGCCCCAUCCCCAUGACAGACGCAGGCUCUCGCAUCGGCCUUCCUCCGCCUUCCAGCCAACCCCAGCAGACCCUCAAAACCCACGGCUCAUCCUCUAAAGCAACAUCCAAGCCCAUGAACAUCCCUGUCCGCAGCGGAGACCAAGGACUCAGCCGACUCCUGGCGUCCCAGAAUCAAAGCAACGCUCGGGGCCACGCUCAGCCCCGGUCCGGCCUGGUGGUUCUUGGUGGUGGUGGUGGAGCUGGGGUCGGAAUUCCAGGACUCAGGGUUGGAGGUGUCCCGGUCGGGGUUCCUCCUCCCACGACACCCCCCAUUUGGCCUUCCAUAUUCCCCAUCAUGAACCCGUCAAUCCCACCUCCUGGUCAUGUCCCGGUGACUUUUCCUCCGCCCCGGAUUGGUCCGAUGCCUUCCAUGCACCAGCAGAUGAACCUACCUCCCCCGAUGAUGAUGAUGACGAAGAGGUUACCGACCCCGACCAUGAUGAGCGAUUACUCCGCAGCUUCUCCCAGAUUCUUUCCUCAUACCUGUUCUCUCUGUAACAUAGAAUGUGCCCAGCUAAAGAACUGGAUCGAGCAUCAAAACACCGGUCUCCACGUUGAGAAUUGCCGUCUGCUCAGGAAAUCGUAUCCUGACUGGAACGUGGAAACUGUCGCUGUGUCAAGAAAUGAAAGCAGCCAGUUGUCCUCCAAGCGCCGUCGGACAACACGCUCCGCCUCCCGUUCUUCAUCCUGGUCUCGCUCUCCUUCUCCUCCUCUUCGCCCCUUCUCCUACCACACCCCUUCCUCCUCUACUCGCCGACCUCGAUCCAGGGAACGAUCCCGCGAACGUCGACACAACACCACCACCCGGCGUUCCCGGUCUCCGGGUUCACUUCGGGGCAGGGAGAGAGAACGUGACCCUCCGGCCUCGUCGUCUUCCCACCGGGAUCAGGAACGUCGACCUCAGACAGCCUCUUCGUCCCGGAGGUCGCGCUCUAGGAGCUAUGAGCGGGAGAGAGCGAGGGAACGUCGGGAGACGACGAGGAGGAGCAGCCUGCCGAAGUCUAACAGUGCUGAGAGACUGGCCAAGAAAACAGUGCUGAGAGACUGGCCAAGAAACACACUGGAGUCAUCUGCUGGCCUCUCCCUGACGGAGAACACCAGUCUAGAAGUUAUGAUGCAGUCCCUCGCCCCUGCCCUCCUGGCAGAGCUCGCCAAGAAGAAGGGAGCCACCGCCUCCUCUUCCUCCUCGAAGGGAGGUGCCUCUCGGAAAACUGAAACGGGAAUGUCCAAGUCAGGAAGCAAGCUCGGAUCUGGAAGGUCAUCAACCAGGAAAUCGUCCUCUCCCUCCAAGUCAUCCAGCUCCACUUCUACCAAGACUAAGAAGAAACGAGGCCCAGGGACCUCAGCUCUGUUAAAACUGAUGAAUAUCCCUCAGCACACAGCUCAUGAUGAGGUGAUGAAGGCCGUAGAACCCUUCGGAAAGAUCAAGAACAUCAUCCUGCUCAAGUCCAUACAGCAGGCAUCAGUAAUGUUUGAGAAAGAGGAGGAUGCCAGACUGCUGGCUAGCUGUAAGACCCUGACCAUCAGAGGCCAGGUCGUUAUCAUACGGAUGGAGGAAGAGACUCUGCUGGAGGACUCAAAGGAACUGGACCGGGCCAAGAAGUCUUCUUCUGAAAGGAAAGCGACAGCAGCCCAGUCCCAGACCGGCACCACCAAGUCAACUAAAACAUCUACCAAGUCUUCAACGACCGCAACUAAACCCCAAACUACCGGUACCAAGAACACACCCAAGGUGUGUGGAGCUAAUACCAAGUCCAAGGGGAAAAGUCCCCUCGGUCCUCAGCAGCCUGACAUUGCGAAUAAUAGGUUUGUGAAGAUCGAAGGUUUACCAGAAACUGGCUAUACAGAGGAAGAUGUUCUGGCUCUGGUGAAGCCUUACGGAUAUAAACCUGGACUCUACAACUGUUUCAUUCUGCCCAACCAGAGAUGGGCCAUAAUCCGUAUGGAGAGAGAACAGAAGAGCUUUGCUAUGUUGACCAACUACACAGAGUCUCCUCCUAAACUACUAGACUGUCCCCUCACCUUCACGCUGACCCGCCCUGAUACAAACCUCCUCCAGGAGGGUGUGUACACCACUCUGAAGGGCCUCACCACUACGGAUCCAACGUUGAAGGAACGUCUUCUGAUUGUCAGUAACGUCCCCGCAGGGACUGCAGCAGCCCAGGAGGUUCACGACCUCGUCAAACGCUUCGGCUCCUACCUCGACUCGCUGUCUCUGAUCAACAGGAUCUAUUUUGAGAUGGAAUCGUCGUCGGUGGCGAAGACCGUGUGUCUUCAUUUCCAGAAGUCCCCCAGUGUAGUUCAGAACAACCCUCUGAAGUUCAACUUGCUGGUCAAGGAUCAACAGGCACCGCAGCCCCCAGCCCAGAAGACAUCUGUUGUCAGCACCAAAGCCAAGAAGAAACCAAUCAAAGGCAAGAAGCCUGUAGCUAAAGAUGUCACAACCCCAGUUAAACCUGUUACUCCCACUACUACCAGCACCAAUGCUACGGUCUCAUCCUCUCAGCCUGUUGCCGUGGCGACCAAGCAACCGGGUGACGACGUCAUCGUCGCGGAGGUCAAGCAACCAGGAAGUGACGUCGUGGUGAUGAAUUCCGACGGAAAGGCAACGGUGGCGGAGUCUGGAGGGAAAGAGGGUGGGAUUUCCUCGACCAAAGAUGGGAAGAAGAAGAACGCUCAUCCUCCCAAAGAGGACGGAGGGAUGAAAACUGAGGAGGAGGCAAAAGAAAACAAGGAAGACACUGCGACCGUCGUCAUUUCCGCCUCGUUACCUACGGUUGCCGUGUCCGCUCCCGAGGAAGAGGUCGCCAUGGAAACCCAGAGCACCGAUGGCGUCGCCUCGACCAAUGAGGUUGCAGCAGAACCCGAACAGGUUCUAGCUGCGGUCCCACAACAGGGCAGUGAUGUCAUUGCGUUGUCUAGUGAAACCGUGACGACUGUGGCCACAACAGAACCUUGUCUGAUCUCCGCUGUGGAGGGAUCUGAUAACGUGGCCAAUCCCGUCGACUCUGACACCCUUGCUGCGUUGGUACCGGCACAAAUACCGGCUCCCGUCCCGGUAGAGUUAAAUGUUGAAGACAAACCUCAGGACUUUCCUCCGGUCACCGAGGAGAUCCUCAAGGCCCUGGAGGCAGCGGUGCACCAACACCGUAUGGGGAGACUGGCGGAGGAACAGGCUAAACAGGAACACAACCAGGGAGAGGGGAUCCAGGCCAAGCCUCUACCCAACCAGGAGAGCCCUGCAGCUGGGGAGACGGCGGAGAAAAAGACCCCGGCUGAGUCAGAAGAGAAGACUGGGGAGAAAGAGACGGCGAAGAAAGAGGAGCCACGACCGGACAAGAAGACCACCGACACGAAGAAGACACCUUCAGGAUCUGGCCAACCAGACCACAAGAAUGGGAAGACCGAGGCUUCCGGAGGGAGAGGCCGGCGCCUCUCCGCAGAAAGGAGAGACUCUUCAAGGCAUAGAAGCAGCCGGGCUCCUUCCGAGGAGGAGCAGGAUCCUUCGACGUCUAGACAGGGUAACUCCUCUAGCUCCUCUUCUGGCUCCCGCAGGAGCAGCAGACACGACGGCAGCCCCGCCAAGAAGAAGGGGAGGAAAGAAGAGGAAGAGGAGAGGAGCAAGAGCCUCGGUAGCAGCAGUAAAACGACCCUCUCCUCUAGGAGCAGGUCUAAAGACACGGCUAGUUGCUACGAGGGAGAUGAGUUUAUGUCUGACGUCAUCCCUGAUGAAGCCAACUCCUUCUAUCUGGACCAGUUCAACAUGGACCAGUUUGUUACUGUGGAUGAGGUGGAAGGUGAUGAGGCUGAGAACACCAACCCACCGCAGUCAUCCUCAUCUUCGUCACACAAGACACAAGAUAAGGCCUCGGAAAGGUCAAAACGAUCGUCCAAACGCAAGAGGGGUACCCCAGAUACCCCAUCUCCGAAAUCUAGCCUGGAGCACAAGGAGACACCCACGUCCUCCUCCUCUACCCCCCCUGCUCAGAAGACUCCACGAAAAGCCGCAGCAAAAAAGGCAGCAGUUAAACCUCAACCACCUGCCACCUCUGGACGCAAGACCAGGUCAUCAGCAGCUGUUGUUGUAGCAACCGAAGCCGCAGGAACCCAGGAAGCUGCCGACGAAAACACCAGCAUAGCCGAUACGGAGGCGGAGCCUGUUCCCUUGGAGAUUCGGUCUCAGUCGGAAGAGGAAGUCGUAGUGGUCACUAAGGGAUGUGACACGGGGGAUGUAGUACCGUCAUCCCACCACAAGAUGUCAGUGUUGGACACUGCAGUGACCGACAACAAGGAAGAGAAAAGUGCUGUGUCAGAAAGCGAUAUGGAGACGACCGCUGAAAAACCUCCAGAGCUAGAGGGGAGCGAGGAGACGACCCAGGCUGAAAAAGGUUCCUCGAUUCUGGGUACCGAGGCUCAGAAUGGAGCCUGUCCCCUGGAGCUUGGUCUGACCCAUCCUUCUGCCUCAGCCAAGGAGCGAACCCUUCAGAAGGCCCUGCAACUACAAGAGGUGGAGACGGUGUCGGGUCCCCAGGUGCCGCAAUCACUUAUUGAUAAAGUACCUGAUGAUGAUGGUGAUUUCCAGAUAGUCGACGAAGCUGUGGACGAUGACACACCUAGAGACGGAGAAGAGGGCAGUCAAGACACUCAAGAACAGUCUGGAUCUCUAUCUCUGGGUUACCAGGCGCCUGCAGCCUCCGAAUCUACAGGUUCCCAGGUUCCUCAAACUACUCUAGAGGAACACGAAGAGAUCUCCAACGACGAAGAAGAAGAUUCUGCUUUCCAGAUCCUUGACUCGCUAGAAGACACUGAAGACAACAUGGCCGACUCCUCUCUCGCAGGCCAAGGAGGCCGAAGAGAUUCUCUACCCAGAGAGAUGGAGGGGUUCCAGAUACUAGAUUCAGUCGACGAUCAGACGGAAACGACCCAAGUUCUGGACAACCAUACGACCGACUCUAAAUGUCAGGGGGGCUCCAAGCCUCUAAAGGGGGGUAAGAAGACACCCCAAAAGAAGGGGAAAAAGGAGAUUAAGAAGGUAUCCAAAACUCAAGAGGUGACCAAGACCCCAACAGGAGAGUCCGAGGGGGGUACCCCGAAAAAGAGUAACCUUGUCACCUUGGAUGAGGUGAGCGAGGAGGAGGAGGAUUACCCUGAUGACGCCGCCGAAGAGGAAGAACUUAUUAAGAAACAAAAACUGGUGAAGGAGAAGCAGCGAGAGAAGGACAGAGGGAAGGAGAGAGAGAAAGGGCGGAGGAGGAGUAGAGAGAAGGAACGGACCAGGGAGGAGGAGAGGGAGGAGAGGGUCGGAGUGGAUACUGAGGGCUUGGUGACUUUGGAUGAGAUCGGAGAGGAUGAAGGAGCGGAGGGGCCUUGCCUGGAGCCACACCCCUUCAGCCAGGAGGACGAAUCAGGAGACACUUUCAACCCAGAGACUCUGGUAACCCUGGAUGAGGCUGGAGGUGAUGGGGAGGAUGAUGAGGAGGAAGAGCAGAACAAGGGUCCUGAACCAGCGCAGAACCAGCAAGCUGACCACACAGCUGAUGCUACAGGGUCUCCUGGUGCAGAGGACGACGGCAGGGGCAUGGAGGAAAUCAGGAGAAUGGACUUUGUGACCGUGGAUGAAGUGGGAGAGGAGGAGGAGGAGGAGGAGGAGGAGGCUGUUACCACAAGGAGAGGAGCCAGGGGGAGGAAGAGGGCCCGACAGACCUCUGCCAGGAAAUCAGUGAAGGUGAAGAAGGUGAGCGUCAAAGACCAGGAAGAGGAGGAGCCUCGGGCAGAUACGACUCCUCCCACUGACACAGCUUCCGUUGACACUCCCUCCUCAUUGCUCCAAGUCGCUGUGACCUCAGAGGUGGACGCCCAACCAGCUGCCUCGGUCCCAGACCUCCAUGAGAAAGAGAGGAAGGCUGACACCCCGGCAGACCAACCCAGCCUGGAGGCCUCCUCAGCAGGGCAGGAGAGGCAGACGGACCCCCCUGAGAACCAGAGUCUGGAGGGGAAACAGGAGACAACAGAUAUCUGUGUUGGAAAGGCUUGGACUGACUCCACAACACCACAAGAAGCCAGUGAACAGAGAAGAGAGGAGGAAGAGGAGCCUGAAUUAAAACGUUGUCGUUCUGAGUCUCCUCUGAUCACAGACUUCAACCUGCCUCCCUUCAGCCCUCACAACCCUAUAGGCCAGGACUUUGUGGUUCCUAAGACAGGGUUCUUCUGUAAGUUGUGUUCUCUGUUCUACGGGAACGAACACACAGCCAGGAAGACCCACUGCAGCAGUCUGCAACACUAUCAGAACCUGCAGAAAUAUUACCUGAAGCGUCAGAAGCAACAAGCAGGAAGUUCUAGCCUCGGCUCCGUCUCCAAAUGACCCCCUUGACCCUGGAUGUGUCCCAAAUGGCACCCCAUUCCCUACAUAGUGCACUACUUUAGACCAGAGCCCUAUUCCCUACAUAGUGCACUACUUUUAGACCAGAGCCCCGUAGUGCUCUGGUGGCAGGGUGCCAUUUGACUCCCAACUCAAUCAAUCUAUAUUUUCUAAUUUGUGUGUCUGAAACAACUGUAAGUCUGGUCAUAAUACUACACUAUAUGGGGAGACAGAGGAUCUGAGUACAGGAGUGUUGAUCCAGGAUCAGCCCC